GCAACGCUCAUAAUGUGUGACUUGUUUACCACAGCAGGGUUUUUUGUUUUUGUUUUGUUUUUUUGCCAUAAUUCAAAUGACUUUUAUCUUUAACAGAAUUAUCUUACCAGUUUAAAACAACAAGAGCAAAGGGCAAAGCUUAGGUUAGAGAAAAAUAUUAAAACAGUUGGCAUAUCACCAACACUGCAACAAUAUUAAUCUAUGAAUUAUUAAUCUGCAGUCCAAACAAUAAUAUAUUUGGCUACAAUGUAACAAAUUCAUCUAUUUCAUCCCAGCUCUUUUCAUUCAUCUCUUAUUGGUUUCUUGUUCUUUCUGAUGUUUUCAUUUCUUAACUGGUCCCGGCUGAAACCCAAAUAAAAUGAUUUUAAAAAAUCAUCAGUUUGCUUGAAAUAAAUGAAAAAAACACCUUACUUCUGCUUUUUGCAUUUAAAGCGUUCUCAAAUCAAUCUCAAUCUAACGGAGCGUGCAACAUCCUUUGCUGAUAUAAAUGAGGUCAUCCAUCGGUGUUAAAAUGAAUUCUAUUGGUGGGAAUACCAGUUCAUUUCAGGCUUAUAUUCAUGACGGGUGGUUUCUGGUGAUACACUGUGACUUUCACCACAGCUGAAGUGAAGCUCACUCUUAUCUGGGUUGCUGUAGUCUCUAAGGUGAUUCUCAGGAUGCUUGCUGCAGAUUUUCUUGUAUUCAGCUCCAUUCUAUCAGCUGCUUGGUGUCAGUCAGACAUUAACGCAUUGUACCCCAAAACCCUAAACGCCACCAGCGGCUCCUGCCUUUUGAUUCCCUGCCAAUUCACAAUUUCAAAGAAGAAAGAAGUAUUUCUUGACCGUUCACCAGUAGUAACAUGGAUACGAGGAUCUCUGUGGUCACUCUAUGAUACAGAUAAUUUUACCAACGCUCACCGUCAGAUGGAACCUCAAAUGAAGAUGGUGGGGGACCUACAAAAGAAAAACUGCUCUUCUGUCAUGAUGAAUCUCACCAGCCUGCAUUCAGAUCGCUACUUCUUCAAGUUUCAAUCUGAGGACUAUAGUGUGACUAAAACAAAAGCUGUGCAGAUAAAUGUGUCAGAUUCCUUGGCUGAGCCGCGUGUGAUUGUGCCGGUACUCAGGGAGGGUGAGGUGGGGAAUCUGACUUGCACUGUUCCAGCCCCUUGCCCCAGUGACACUCCAAAUGUAACAUGGGAUCCUGCAUUAGGUGGUAACAUAACACAAUGGACACAGCUGAAUGCUGAUGGGACACAGAGUGUUUCUGCCAAUUUGAACUUCAUCCCAUCAUUCCGCCAUCAUAAGCUGAAAGUGAACUGUGUUUCCAUGCAUCUACUAGAUAGAAAGGGCAAACCCCAGCACAGCCACAAGACCGUCAUCCUCACUGUGGAGUAUCCUCCUAAGGAAACACAGAUCUCUCUUACAGGCUCUGUCUGGCUUGGUAGUAAUUUAACCCUCACCUGUCAAAGUAAUGCCAACCCUCAAGCGAACUACAGUUGGUUCAUGAAGAAGGAAGGUAUAGUGAAAGAAGUGGGUUCCUCACGUGUGCUUUCCUUUACUGUGGCCCAUGAGAAAAGUGGGGAAUACAUUUGUGAGGCACAGAACCUACAUGGUGCAGUGAACUCCACAAUCCUACCGAUCAAUGCCCUAGGCAUAUCAUUCACUGCUUUCCUCAUAAUUUUGGCACUGUUCUCAGUGCUUAUAUUUGCACUUCCUAUUCUUAUUUACAGAAGGUGCAAAAAACCAUACAUAAGUGAAACAAAGCAAGAUGAGGACAUUUACGCCAAUGUGUCUUCAAGUACAGAGAAAAGCCAUCAGCUUCAGUCAAAGACAUGUGGAGAUAAGGCCAUCUACACCAUUAACCCUGAAUGCACAUUCAGAAAGAAUCUCUCCAACGAAGAAAUCUAUGCAAACUGUUGAAGUGAGAAGUGGAACAUUUUAAACAACCUUUCAUGGAUCACCACUGAACAAUUAGUCUACUUUCUGUAUGCCAGUAGUGAUCAUUUUAAUAAGCAUAUGUAAACUUCACAUCUAUACAAUUGCUACAUCCUUUCUCCUUUUAAAGAAUGAAAACUCUCCAAUAAUUCAACACUGAAUCUACAUUUAACUACCUGUAUGUUUUUAUUUUUAUUUUUGUGUGAUACAGUUCGCUUUGCUCAAUUAAAGAAGUUAAAGUCUCCAUGAAAUCAAAAUUUAGUUGUUUUUUUUAAAUGGAAUAUUGCAUUAUUUAUUAAAAAUGAUUUAACUGUGCACAUCAUUUAAAAUAAAUAAAUAAAAAAAAACACAAAAAUAAAA